AAAAUACAAUUCGACAAAUUUUUCUACUCAAAAUUAGGCGCAAAGCGCGUUGUUAAAACUCAAAACUAUUCUAAAUUAAUACGAUGACCAGAUCAAGCAUUGAAUUGGGCGAUGUGACGCCGCAUAACAUAAAACAAUUGAAGAAACUGAAUACGGUUGUGUUUCCCGUCUCCUACAAUGACAAAUUCUAUGUCGAUGUGCUGGAAGCCGGAGAGCUGGCCAAGCUUGCCUACUACAAUGACAUUGUGGUGGGCGCCGUUUGCUGUCGCAUUGAUACAACGGAUAACCAGCGUCGUUUAUAUAUAAUGACACUUGGUUGUCUAUCGCCCUAUCGCCGCCUGGGCAUUGGCACUGUGAUGUUUGAGCAUAUACUCAACUAUGCUGAAAAGGAUGGGAAUUUUGAUAGCAUUUUCUUGCACGUGCAAAUUAACAAUGAUGGCGCCAUUGAGUUUUAUAAAAAGUUUGGCUUUGAGAUUGUUGAUACCAAAAAGCAGUACUAUAAACGCAUUGAGCCAGCGGAUGCGCAUGUGCUGCAAAAGGCGCUGCGACGCAAGAAGAUUGAUCAGCUGCACAAUCAUGCCUAUACCAAUGGCGCUGUAAGCGACAAGAAGGAGCGUCGGACUUGAAGGCAUGCGUGAAAACAAUUGCUCAGCUAAAACACUCUCCAUAAACACACACCCACACACACACAACAGAAGAAUAUAACAAAAAAAAAAUAUAUA